CUUGCUAACAGCACUUGCCCCGAUAGUCUGCCAAGGCUAUUACGGGAGAUAUUUUAUUUUUGUAAGCCAGCUUGUGGGGAGCGGUGGCGCAGUGGUUAGUGCACUGAAAAUGCUGUCUCUGAAUGGAGGGGUCAACGGAGCUUAUCAGAUGGAGGUCCCUUUGAGAUGAAUGUAUCGUACAGCCCUUCAUCAAUCCGGUGCUGGAUGAACGCUUCCCCAAAUAACGUUUGGUCAUGGGGGUUGUUUGACCAUACUUUAUCACGCUGGCUAGUGUAGGCUGCUCAAGAGGGGUUGUCCAAGACCAGUUAAGACAUCACUCGUCGCUAAUAAUGUGAGUCACGGCCGGGAAUCACACUCACUGGAAUCACAGCACAAUGCGUUCGUUUAGAGUGACUAAGUACAUUCAAACCCUGCCAUUGUCUACCAGUGCAGGUGGACACACAUCAAUGCAAUGUAUACAGGAAAGUCUCAAUAAGUUUCAAGGCUCUUUUAGAAAGGUCAUGCAUCAGAAUGUUUGGCCAGUUCCAUUUUAGGGAGUGUUAUCAUUUUGGGAGGAAACAGCGGCGCUUGUAGAUAACAGCUCCGCGUUUAAGGGGAAAAUCUAAACGUGAACCGCAUAAAUAAAGGUACCCAUUAUCAUCAUCGCCACGUGUGAAAUUGUAAUGUUGAAACUGUGACCGAUGGCUUGAACGUACAACUAGAAGAAAAUAAAUAAAAUGUGCUCAAAGAAAAUGGCCAGGUGGGCUCCGUGGCUUAGAGCACUGAGCUGGCACAACUUUUGGCAUCCUGAGUGUCAUCCAAGCCGUGAUUAGACUGAAUUCACAUGCUUAGUCGAUAACCUCAACCAAGUUACAAUUGCACAAACACCUCCACCACUUAUGACGUGGGAAAUGUAUUUAACAUUUAAAUUCUAAAUAAGUAAAAACUAUUGGCCCAAACAAAGCGCGAAAGGGAUUUUUUGUUUGACUAAUUUCUACUUUACAGGGUCACGAAGGGUGAACACGUGGGCAGAGUGUGACCCCAGUAAAAGUUCAUAACUGUCACCUGUUCAAUUUCCAUCUCGGGCUAACGGCUGAAACCACGGAUAUUGUACUUAAACGAACAUUCCAUAGCGGGUCGAUUCAGCAAUACCAGGAAAGUGUUUGCCACAACUCCACCAUAGGAGUACAUUUUCCUUUACUUAGAAACGCUAGUUCUCAAUAUCAGCUAGAACAAUCCGAAACGCCGUUGAGGGAAUGAUUUGAGCACGCCACAUCCAUAUCACCUUACUUGUUUUUUUAUAAGAAUAUAGGCGACAACGUUGUAGAUGGGAUGACUAUGGAUAGACGUACCCUGUACUCAAGUGAUAGGAUGAUUUUCGCUGAUAAUCCCUACUCCAUGGCAGUCUACUCGCAGAAAUUAAGCCCUGGAAUCAUAUCCUCCUCCGUGAAGCUUCAAUGAGCAUAGCUGACCAGCAUAAUCCAUGUCUUUAUGACUCUUGCAUAGCCCACACAUGAAAGAUAAUGACAAUAACAAUCAUGUAAAUGCAUAAAGCAUCAUAAUAGAACAUUAUUUUUUUAAUGAGCUAUGAAGAAGGACCAUUUGCCCUAAGCGUCACCUAUUAUAUAUAUACUCAUUUUUGGCCACACACCGUAUUAUUGAAAUGUGUUGCAUUUUUUGUUAUUUCAAUACACCAACAAACACAUCCCAAGAAGCUACAAUUGGCCCCUUCACAACAGGGGCCGAUCGACAUGGCAUGGGAAGGCCUUCAUACAGCAGUGGAUUCAAUAAAAUCUGUAAAAUUAAUUAAACGCAUUGCAGGUGUACGGAUUACACGAAAGGGGUGCUGAGGUCUACAUAGAAGACAAGUGAUUACAUUCAAUCAUUAAUUCGUACUUUAAAACACACCGUCUGUUGUGGUACCGCUUUGGCAGCGGUGCAAUGGCACGAAUAAUUAUCAACACAUUCGCCAGUGACACGGGGCCUUAACGGGGGGGGAGUAAGAGGCGACGUUUUGAGCAAUGACCCUUCUUCAUAGCAAAAUAAAUAACGCCUCCUUCCCAUAUGUCUCUCCACAUCAUUUGUUUUCACACAAGCAACCUAAACACUGGACCGGUUUCGACAUCAAGUGUCUCAUCAGCAGAUUCGGGCCCGCUUAAGACAAUGCCGGCAAAAAAAACUUCCCGAUGUUGAUGUUUAUCGGCAAGUUCGACGCAAGGCAAUGAAAUACACAACACACAUACUUUUAGCGCCAUUGUGGAGAAUGUGAAAAUGCCUUACUUAGACGGGGCCACGACACAACUCAGGCCUAGAGGUUACGCAUAACUAUCACUUGCAAGGUUUAAGAGUGGGAAUACGGAUUGCCCAAAUGCGUGUUCUGUCAUCAUAAAGGGAAUUUUGAUUUGAUAAGAUCCGUGACAGUCGCGACCACCAGAUAGAUACUCUUCGGCGCCGCUGCCGGGGGGAACGGUCUGUUCGAUGUUUAAUUUGUUUUUAUUUGGUGGCCGCGGCUUGGGUAAACAAAAGGAGUUGCGAGGCGGUCGAGUUGCGGUCGUGGUAUCAGUGCGGCACACACCACCCCUCGGAUUCCGUAAACACGAGCGCGCCCCAAAACGGGAGGGGAGCGCGGGCUACAAAUGGAGCAGCUUCCCCUUCUUAAAUCAGAGAGAGAGAGACGGACAGAGGCGGACGCGCACUGACUUGACUCCUCGGCUGGACAUAAGCGGGCAGACAGACCACACUGACUCACUGAUUGGCAGGCAGGCAGGCAGAUAUACAGAUGCUAUCCAUGAGAUAUUACAUCGCAGAUGGUAAACUAAAGACUGCAGACUAAGAGGCGGACGGACAGACUGACUGACGGGCGAAAGCGACGAGAAAGACACCGCAGUGUCACGAGCCGUCCGUUACAUCCUAUAUGACUGCGAGCUGCGAGACAGCAGCUCUGGAAGCUCGCAAAUACAACGGUUGCUGACAUGGCGGAGUUGAUGCACUCCAUCUCGCUAGACGAGGCCGACCUCCUGCCCAUGGGGUUGAACGACACGUCCGAGCUGGAGGAUAACUCCUCCUCGCCCUGCUGCUACAGCCCCGACUGCCUCGCCCCAUCCCAGAGCUUCCACCGCGUCUUUCUGCCCGUCGUCUAUGGGCUCGUGUGUCUCCUGGGCUUCGCGGGCAACGGGCUCAUCCUCGUCAUCCUCACGUGCUUCACCAAGAAGCGCACCUCGUCCGACCUCUACCUGAUGCACCUCGCCGCCGCCGACCUGCUCUUCGUGUUGACCAUGCCCUUCUGGGCGGUGGGCUCGGCCACCGAGUGGGUGUUCGGCAACGUCCUGUGCUGCCUCGUCAACUUCACGUUCACCGUGAACCUGGCCAGCAGCAUCCUCCUGCUCGCCUGCAUCAGCAUCGAGCGCUACCUGGCCAUCGUGCGCGCCACCAAGACGGACAAGGUGCGCAGGAAGUUCGCCACCAAGGUGACGUGUGGGGCGGUGUGGGCCCUCUCACUGCUGCUCGCCGUGCCCGAUCUCGUGUUCAGCCACGUGUACAUAGCGCCACUGAGCGGCCACCAGCUGUGCGAGCACGUGUACCCCGAGAGCGCGUCCGAGCUGUGGCGCACGUCGCUGCGCGCUCUGCACCACGUGCUCGCCUUCGCGCUCCCGGGCAUCGUGAUCGUCUUCUGCUACGUCAUGGUAAUCAGGACGCUGUCCCAGCUGCACAACCACGAGAAGCGCAAGGCGCUUAAGGUGGUGGUCGCCAUCGUGGCAGCGUUCUUCGUCUGCUGGCUGCCCUACAACGUGGUCACUCUGCUGGACACGCUGAUGAGGCUGGACGCGGUGGUGAACUCCGACUGCGAGAUGGAGCAGCGCCUGGGAGUGGCGGUGGCCGUCACGGAGGGCGUCGGCUUUUCCCACUGCUGCUUCAUUCCCGUGCUCUACGCCUUUGUGGGCAAGAAGUUCAAGGAGAACCUGGCGCGGCUGCGGGGCUGCAAGGCAUGCGUCGGGACGCCCGUGGCCUCGUACCGCGAGGGCAAGAGGCAGAGCAGCAAUAGGCCACAUCCCAUCAGCUCCGACUCGGACUUCUCCACGAGCACCAUUCCCGCUUGAGCCUCCCGCGCGCGUUCACUGGCUUCGUGACGCAAUCGCGGGGUGUCCAAUUAAGAGGGAGGACACGUUCCAGAGCUCGAUCUCUUUUAUCUGCGAUAACGUGGCCUGUCAAUACCGCGGGUCGUGUUUAUUCGCAGGGUUAUUCCAAUUGUCUGCGGGAAAUAUUGGUGGAAUAGAGGUAGAAUAUGGUUACGGAUAAAAUGGAGUUUUUUUUUUCAGGAGGACCGAACGGUUUCCGCGGAUAAUAGGAAUUGUGGGUAAUUUAGGAUGUUGGGUUAAAGGGGUUCUCUUGUACUCCACGUGUAGGAUUAAAAGACUUUGUUCAGCUCAGACACAAUCGAAUACCAAAUGCAUGUCCAGUCAAAGGAAACCAUGUAGGGACGUGUAAAUACAGUACGAGAUAUGUAAUGAUUAUCCACAUUCCGCAUACCCAGCGAUCCAGAAUUGUCACGAUUCAGAGUCCGGAUUCAACAUUGUAUUACUGUCCUGUUUGUUUGGGUUUUUUUUGUUUGUCUUGCACACGAUUUUGUUUCAUUAGCCGAACAGUAUUCAUAUUUAUAUUUUGUUUAACCAGGUGAGCACUUAAAGAGACCAGGAUGAGUCUAAUUUGCAAGAGUAGCCUGGGGCAUUCGUCUGAUUGCUCCUGCUUCUGCUGUGUGUCAUCCCAAUUGAGUAAUUUCCGGGUAAUGUUUUUACAUUUGCCAAAUUUGGAACCUGGCCCCGGUACACAAUGGCCUACUCUUUUGCCAAUGACGUCAGGGAUCUUUAACGUCCACUGUGAAGCAGGCGACGCGUAGUAUUAUUAUGGCAAUUCCACUCGCAGUAAAUUCAGGGUGGCCGCAGGAAUUAAAACUGUGAGCCUCUGCAACAAGCGGCAAAUGCGUUAACGCACGGCCGCGUCACCACCCUUGAUUAUUACAAAUAAUUCAAUGCAUGCACUGUAUUGUGAGCGGAAGAAUAUUUUGGAGUUAAUUCGAUGCAUCUUUGACAUUAUCAGCCAUCGUCAAUCCGAAGCCUCCGCCACUUCCCACGAUCUCUUUGGUUGACGCCCUCUCGUACGCGUUCCAUUCCCUGGCUGCCACUCCGUUAUUAUUCAUGACCCUUAGCCAUCAUUCCUUCUCGCGACCUGUCCUGACCAAACCCACUGAAUUUUUCGAACAGUCUGAAUUAUGUCAUGAAUGUAUCUUCUUGAAUCUUCUAUGUAAAUUCAAAUAUGCGUUGUUAUACACCUAGUAAAUGUCCUUGUCUUGAAUGUGAUAUAUGUAUAUAUUUAAGAUGACUUUAUUUGUCCUAUCUUCUCCACUUUAUGCUGGCUUAAAUUGCACUUAGUAGUUAAAAAUACGCGAACUGGAAACCCAGUGCAGAAGGGCAUUCACGUGUAUACUUUGGCUAUUAAAUGCUAAACGACAAUACGUCAUUCUCCACGUUUUUAAAACACAUAACCUAUCUGUAUAUCGAUGCGUAAAAUAAGCUGUUUCCCGAACACCACGUCACUUGUGUAUGGCCACUCCCACUCUGAAUCUCUCCGCUCUCCCCGCCUCCUGUGAAAACAUACGCCGCUCCUUACCUUCUCUCUCUCCCCUCCUCUCUUAUUCCCGGUCAUUUUUUCUCCCCCUCUUCCCCUUCCUGCCCGGCGCUAUUCCAGUCUGCUCGAGUGUGGUUACGAACCCUGGUCUUCACCCACGGACAACUCAAUGUUGUCCUGUCCCGGGUGACAUCUCACAAUCUCUGCGUUGCCCUUGCUCAGACAUCCUCUGUAGUGACUGCCAACAUCGUCUAUCGCGAGGCCCUUACGUGUAGCCUCUUCCUCCCUAUUCUGUCAUCUUUCUUGACCCUUGGGUUCCGUAUUCUGGUCCUUUUCCAUCCCUUUACUCGUAUUUCACCCAUUGUUUCUCGGCUCUCUACAUUUUCCGUUUUCUUUUCCUAUUCAUAUCCUUGGCCCUAUUCCCAUUCCCGCCGUGUGCCACGGGUAAAAUGAUGUAUACAAAUCAAAUGUAAAUAAUAAUGCCAUUUGUAUGCCACGUGUUUUCUGUCAUGUUUAUUUCGUUGUGUAAACAUGCAAAGGGCGAAAAUGGCAAUAAAUGCUUGUGUGAACGCAAUGA